AUAGACAAUUUCUGGAUCUUCCUUCAUACUAUUGAAGUUUUAACUUCUAGUGUUCUAAAAAUUCCAAAUGCCAGAAUUUAAACGUCAAAAUUGACAGGACAGAUGGCGCUGGAGCUCGGGAAAAUUAUCUUUGACAAAACGAAAACGAGUUUCCAACGGCUCCGGGCGCGUUGAACGUCACGCGUAGUACACGAAAUGGAAUAAAAUAGCUGAAUUCGCUCCACUGCUGUGGGCUGUGAAGUUAAUCCGCGACCUUGCGUCGUCACAACCGACUGCUUUGUGCUACAGUCACGCCCGGUGCUUGUGUUUACAUGUUAUCUAUUGAUAGUCUUACUUGAAUGCACACCUCCCUAUAGAAAUAACACUCGGUGCUUUGUGAAAGAAUAUCACUAUGUAGUGAAGUGCAAACUCUUUAAUAGUGGAGCUAAGGCUUUGAAUUUUCAGUGCUAGUUGUUAUGACCUUCCACUAGAGCGAAGAAGCCAUCCCACGCCUCCAAUAAACAGACACCUACGCGGCGACGCUUGGAUGUGCGCUCGCAGUAUCACCAAUGAGAUCUGAAUUAGAAGGAUCCCGCAAUAACCCUCAAGUUCCGUGUGAUAGAUUGUGAGAUUACAGUGAAUAUUCGACAGAAAAUCUAGUUAGAAGUGCAGUGAUUUCCGAUCUACGAUCCAAUGUUUACAUGACGUUAUUAUUAUCACUUGCGAAAUCUAUUGUGUUUGUUGCAAAUGCUCAAGGCUAUUCGCCGCGGAAGCGCGACGGCGAACUUCUGAUGUUUACAUCAGAAAAAAAAACAGAAUUUAUCUUCGAAAAAGAUAAUCAACUAAAGAAGACAUGCAAAGAGAAUAAUAUAAUAGAAAAUUGAAUAAACUGCGGUAAUAUUUGCAUCAUCAUGGACGACAGUGAUGUUAUAAUAUCCUCUACGGAGAUCAUAAAAGAUCGCCUGUACUUCGCGACGCUCAAGACGGGGUACAAGCCGAAAGCGACUCGCAACAGCAAAUACUUCCACAUAGAAGACGAAAUAGUCUACGAGAACUUCUACUUCGACUUCGGACCUUAUCACCUGUGCCAUUUGUACCAGUUUUGCGUGAAGCUAAACAAGGAGUUGGAGGAAAACCCUAAGAAGAAGAUAGUCUUCUAUACGAGUAACACGGACACGCUGAGGUUGAAUGCUGCCUACCUCAUCGGGAGCUAUCAGAUAAUCUACCUCGGCGGCUGCCCCACGACAGUUCACUCGGCGCUCACAGCCAGCGCCGACUGGACGCCGCUCAAUUUCCGCGACGCGUCGGGCGGGCCGCCGCUGUUCGACAUCUCGCUGCUGGACGUGCUGAGUGCCAUCAAGGUGGCUCAUGAUGCGGGGUUCUUUGACUUUGAGCAUUUCGAUGCGGAGCAUUAUUUGUUUUAUGAGAAAGUGGAAAACGGCGACCUGAACUGGAUAAUCCCGGGCAAGAUGCUGGCGUUCUCCGGGCCGCACCACCGGUCCCGGCUGGACCGCGGCUACCCGCUGCACAGCCCCGAGCACUACCACCAGUACUUCCGCGAGCACGGCGUGUCUACUGUCGUCAGACUGAACAAGAAGUCAUACGAGGCGCGUCAGUUCUCCGCGCACGGGUUCGAGCACCGCGAGCUGUUCUUCGUGGACGGGUCCGCGCCCAGCGAGCUCAUCGUGGCGCGCUUCCUGCGCGUGUGCGAGCGCGCCAGGCAGGCCGUCGCCGUGCACUGUAAAGCGGGGCUCGGCCGCACGGGGACCCUCAUCGCGUGCUACCUGAUGAAGCAUCACGCGUUUACCGCGCGGCAGGCGGUGGCGUGGCUGCGGGUGUGCCGCCCCGGCUCCGUCAUCGGACACCAGCAGUGGUUCCUGGAGAAUAUAGAGUCCCGCAUGUUGUCGGAGGGCGAGGCGCACCGGCGGCGCCACGGGCUGGCGGUGCCGCUGUUCACUCGAGGCAUCUACUCCACGCUGCCCCGGGAGGAGAAACCCGUGUCGCUGAAUGCUAUACUGAGCGGGAAGAGUGAGAAGUUGGACAACGCAAACGCCCUAAACGCGAACGACCGAGUGGACUCCGAGAACAACGUGGCGGCCACCAAGCGAGCCCCCGCGCGCCCCUUCACGCCCAAACACACGUACAUGCUGCCCACCAACAACAUACGCAACGCAGCCAACACUAACCUCAAGCCGCAACCUCGGAUCCUCAACACGACCUUAAAGAGCCACUACGCGUCCAAAACAUCCACCUUCCCGCCGACCCGAAGCGCCAAUUCCACCAGCAAAAUAGCCGUUGCUAAAUCGCAACUGUCCGCCAAAAACAGCUUCCACGGACAAAGAGCUAAUCUAGCCAGACCUACCCUAGCCUACACACAUAGUAGUCCACUAAAAACGAUAACCAGAAAGAAUAACCUCAAAAAUACAACGGCAGAUACCAACACGUCGCCGACACAUACUAAAGUGACUUCGACUCUGUCAGCCUUGACUGAAAACUGUCAUUUGAACGGCAAAAACCGUCUUCCCUCCGAACCUAAUUUGAAAACUAUGCAAGGGAACAAAACCCCUGCUAAUAUAAACACACGAAAGAAGUUGAUCGUUCGGUCGAAUUCCAACUCGCGGAAGAAGCUACCGAAAAGCAAUUUACCCGUGAAGAUUGGUUUAGGCUCGAACCAAGACCUGUCCUCCUCUGAUACUAACAUCACGAAUAUCUCAGCUGACUCGCUCGAAGCGCCGUUUAGGUUCCGGCGAAAACGCGACAACUCAAGCAGCCCAGAACCCAUGGACUGUCUCACAAACUCGAUAAUAACAGCUGACGUCACGCCCGAAAACUACGAGGAGACCACAAACUCGCAAGGAAACAAACUGUACAAGAUUAAGGCGCUGAGAAAGAAGUGUCCGGCUUUCGGAAUGGGCAUUUUAAAGAAAGAUGGCGUCCAGACUCGGGCCAGUUCUUGUGCCAGCAGCUCCACUGUCAAGAAAAAAUGAUCUCGAAGGAAAACUAGAGUCGUUAGGAUCGUCGCCUAGCGACGUUUGCACUUGUAGAUAUUUUUACAGCGUCUAAAUGUUAGAUGUGCGUAGCGCAAGGGUGUCGUGUUGUAUUAGCUCUUAUUCACAUUCUAAAUGUUAGCCUGGAUAGUAUGGUAUGGUAGGAAUAGUUUUUAAUACCUUCUUAAAAUAUAGAAAAAUAUCUGUCUUAUAACUAGAUGAGAAUAUUUUAUGAUACUGGAUAUCAUCGAAUAAAAUCAUUUUAAAUUAUGAAUAAGGUCUAAAGUUUGUUGAAUUUUGAUGUGUUAGGUGUUAGUUGAGUAUAUUGAAUACGGUACUAAAUGUAAUGUCGUUGACCCCAUGAAAGCCUUAGAAUUUAAUCAUUAUAAUUAUUGUGAACUGUUGCUAAAAGUACAUGGGUAUAAACCGUAUAAAUAAAUAGAUCAAUGUUACGAUAACAAUUAUACAGCUGCUGCAUAGCCAAUCGAUAUGAUGGGUUUGUUUGACAUUUAAAAAUGUUGUCUGCAUCAGUCUGUGCCUAUGUG